ACAGCUGUACAGCGUUCUAAUGUAAAUGCCUCUCUCCUCCGCGCUGUCUGUCGCCGCCGCCGCCGCUGCCGCCCCUCCGACUAGCACCGGGAAGGGGCAGCAGCUCCAGAGGCCGGCUAACGCGCGAACAGCCAGUGUGUUUUGACUGAAGGGGUUUAGGGCAAGGGGAGCAACAACUGCUCGGGAAAGGCAGGGGGCUGCUUGCCACUGACAGAGCACAGCCGUGCCUGGGAGAGACUUGGUGACGGUGACAGGUCGGAGGAGGGGGCAGGGGAAACGUGUCUGGCCCCACAGAAGGAUCUUUACAUCCAAGACCGGGGGAGGGAGGCUGGCAGCCACCGCCGAGCUGGGCAUCAUGUCAGACACCCGGUGGAGAGGUGUUCAGAGGAACUUUUUACUAUGGUGAGGAGGAGGCAGUAAGGACAUGGGAAAUUUGCUCCACUGAUCUCCAGCAGGAUUUGGGGCAGGGGCUCUGUCGGCCUGAGCUGUCAGGGAUUACGCGUUGAGAAGAAAACCCCUACUGCUCAUGCCAUGAAGGAGGAGAAUUUUCUUCGUCGCAGGUUCUCUCUCUGUCCUGCUUCUUCCACCCCUCAGAAAAUUGAUCCUCGCAAGCUGACACGGAAUCUGUUCUUCGGAGCUGAUAAUGAGAUCUAUCCACUCAGCCCAGGAAAAGACAUGGAAGGAAACAGUCUGUCAGUGCUGAAGGAUGAGACUCCACAGACUCCAAUCUCCAUUAGUAAGACUGAGUAUAAGCUUUGCAAUGGGUCUGAUAAAGAGUGUGUAUCUCCCACAGCCAAAUUUACUAAGAAGGAGACAUUGAAGGUACAGAAGAAGAAUUACAGACAGGAAAAGAAAAGAGCCACCAAGCAACUCUUCAGCGCUCUAAAGGAUCCCAGUGUGGUGAUUAUGGCAGACUGGCUGAAGAUCCGUGGGACCCUGAAAAGCUGGACCAAGCUGUGGUGUGUUCUGAAACCAGGAGUGCUGCUGAUUUAUAAAACACCAAAGAUCGGUCAGUGGGUGGGCACCAUCCUGCUCCAUUCCUGUGAGCUGAUUGAGAGACCCUCCAAAAAGGAUGGCUUCUGUUUUAAACUCUUCCACCCUUUGGAUCAGUCCAUCUGGGCUGUGAAGGGCCCAAAGGGAGAGAAUGUUGGUUCCAUCACUCAGCCUCUUCCCAGCAGCUACUUGAUCUUCAGAGCAGCCUCGGAAUCAGAUGGUCGAUGUUGGUUGGAUGCUCUGGAACUUGCCCUGCGUUGCUCCAGUCUCUUCCGACUCAGCACCUCCAAACAGGGGAAGGAUGGAGACCUGAACUGCUCUUCUGAUUCUUCACAUGCUGGGCUGUAUAACCUGUUGCACACAGCCACCAUCUCUGACCAGGAGCUCUUCCAUUUUAAUGAAUCAGCCCUGGAAAAUCACCAUGUGGAAAAUGAUGCUUUUUCGGACAAGUCUGAGAGAGACAACAUAGAGGAGUCUGAGAAUGAAACUCAUGAGAACAGCCGGAAGACAAAUGAAAGUGAGAGUGACCAGUCUGAAAUCCACGGGGAUAUCUCCCAGGAAAGGAAAGGGACGACCUAUAUGGAGCAGAUCUAUGAGGAAUUUGGGGAGCCUCCUGGAUGCAGGACAGUCGAAAACUGCUCUGUGAGUUCAGAUAUUUUACAGACGGGUGAAUCCUCUCAAACAGAAACGGUCUCGGAAGAAAACAAGAGCUUGAUGUGGAUUCUGCUGAAGCAGCUGCGGCCUGGAAUGGACUUGUCCCGAGUGGUUCUGCCCACCUUCAUCCUGGAGCCACGUUCUUUCCUCAACAAACUCUCUGAUUAUUACUACCAUGCUGACCUACUUUCCCAUAGACUACCAGUUUUGUAUCUGGUUGGAAAUACACUGAGGACAGUUUCAUCACAUGAUCACUUCCUGCUCCAUCUAAAACUGGGAAGAUUUAAAGUGGUCAGAGCUGCACUCGAAGACGAUCCAUACAGUCGAAUCAAGCAAGUGUUGAGAUGGUAUUUGUCAGGCUUUUAUAAGAAGCCAAAGGGAAUAAAAAAGCCAUAUAACCCCAUUUUGGGAGAGACCUUUCGCUGCUGUUGGUUUCACCCACAGACAAACAGUCACACGUUUUACAUCGCAGAACAGGUAUCUCAUCACCCACCAGUGUCAGCCUUUCACGUCAGUAACAGGAAGGAUGGGUUCUGCAUUACUGGCAGCAUUCUCGCCAAGUCCAAGUUUUAUGGUAACUCACUUUCUGCAUUAUUGGAUGGGAAAGCCAAGCUUACAUUUCUAAAUAGGGGUGAAGACUACAUCAUUACGAUGCCAUAUGCCCAUUGUAAAGGAAUUUUAUACGGUACCAUGACAAUGGAGCUUGGAGGGAAAGUUACUAUCGAAUGUGAGAAAAGCAGCUACAGGGCAGAGCUGGAGUUCAAGCUCAAGCCCUUCUUUGGUGGCAGCACAAGCAUUAAUCAAAUCUCUGGGAAGAUUAAAUCAGGAGAAGAAGUGUUAGCAAGCCUUGAUGGACACUGGGAUGGGGAAGUGUACAUAAAUGACCUGAAAAAUGGGAACACUGAAAUAUUCUGGAACCCAACCAGUGAGGUGCGGCGGCAAAGACUGAAACGCCACAUUGUGCUAUUUGAAGAGCAAACAGACUCUGAAUCAGAGAGACUUUGGCAGCAUGUAACAAGUGCAAUAAACAAAGGAGAUCAACACAAGGCAACUCAGGAGAAAUUUAUAUUGGAAGAAGAGCAGAGGAACGCUUCACGGGAGCGGAAGGAGAAUGGCACGGAGUGGAAGCCGCUGCUCUUCCGACACGAUGCUGCUACCAACGAAUGGCACUACAAAUACGAAGAUUUAAGGCCCUGGGACCCUUUAAAUGACAUUGCCCAGUUUGAGAAAGAUGGGAUACUUCAAACCAUGGAGAGGCACCUAUCCACAAGGAUAUUGUCCCACAAAACCAUGUGUAUAAACAACCAAGUUAUACGACACAAGAGAUCUGCGAAAGAAUGCAGGCGUCGUAAAACCAGUGACCAACCAUCCAACCACAGCCAGAACACUGAGAGCAGCUGUUCAACACCAGAGUCUGUGCAGGAACUGUCGGACGAUGAUGGUUUUGAAAGUCCAUGUGCUCGGUGCGGAAAGGAAAUGAAUCACCUGAAGGAAAUCCACAUGACUGUCUUAUCCCUACAGAAAGCCCAGCAGGACAUACACAGAAACCUCACUGCUCUGAACAAAAAAUCUUUCUACAGGAAGGCCUCUUCCGAAAACCUCCUCCUGGACUCUCGCUGCUGGUUUCUCAUUUGCGUCUUUCUUACAUGUCAAUUGUUCAUUAAUUAUGUCUUCAAAUAAAAGCACUACGUUUGGCAGCAAUAAAAGUUACUGGCUGCAGGAGGGGGACACUCGCGCAAGGAGCCCAUCGAGGCACCAAGCACUUUAAAACCAACGCAGCAGAGAUGGAAGAAAGAGCCAGGCUAAAAGGGGACCCAGGGAACCAACAGAGUUUAGUUCCUUCAGAUUGUCAUUUGCCUUUUUACAUGUACAUCUUCAAGGACCUCUUUACCUGUACGGGCCUUAAUGCUAAAGCCAAAUGUAGCUUUAAUUGUGCAAUUUGUUUUCUAUGUCUUGUCAUUUUCUGAUGCAAUCCAUAAUUACCAAGCAGUAUUGCUGCCCCAAUAAUGGCAAACAUCCACAUGGUUUUUGGAAUGAUUCCAUUGCUUUGUUUUAUAGCUCUAAGGGUUGGGGGAGGUGGGAAGGGUUCUUAUUGUCCAUUUUCAAGAUGUCUGUUGGAUACAUUCAGUUAUGGGAGGGGAACAUCAGACGGUCCAAAAAUCCAACCACUUGGUUAUUGGUCAUGGUUUCUCCUGGGUCUUGCUGUUGACACACACACAGUUGGACCUGAAAAUGUGCAUGACACUCCACUGCACAGAGAUUGUAAAUAUGCACCAUUUCCUAAAGUUGCCACCUUUAGGAAAUGGGAGUCAUUCAGUAAAGCUCCUCAUUCUGUUACAGAGCCGAUAAUGUCCUGAACUAGACCCACUGAGUCAAAUGUCAGACAUACUUGUUUAUAAAUCCUGGUCACUUUUUUUUUUUUUGCUAUAUGGCUGUUUUUAUAUUAUAAUAACACAAGAAUUGUACAGAAUUCCUCUGAAAUUUCCCAUUGCCUCCUUGGAGAGGGAGCAAGUAUGUGUGUUUGUUCGUAGGCACAUCUAUUAUUAAAGGUCAGGAAGGGUAAGGGUUUUGCCACUGCGUUGUUAACUCUGUUAACAGUCUUCCUAUUUUACACCAUUUUUUAAAAGAUUUGCAAUAUUCUUUGUAGAUUGCAGUCAGUACUAAGCCUUUAUUUUCUGGCCUGAAGUAGUUCCAAGUGGUAAGUACUGCUAUAUAUACAGCCUUAAAAUACUUAGUGAUGGUGCCAGACUGGCAAACUUUAAAUGUAAAUGUUUCCAAAUUUUUAACUACAUUCCUUGUCAAGUUCCCCAGUUAGGGGAAACCUGUUUGUGCUUGAUAUGUUAAAAUAAAAUUACACCGAACUUUCAA